CCACCUGGAGCAUGCAUUGAUUAGCUAUCAUCCGCUCUAAAGACUUGUGCCCAGCCUCAAGUAGUUUGCUGACUCUGUUUGUUGUAAUACAAUUAGCUGAAAAAGGAUAUAAACCAAGAACCGUCAUAGCAGUUUCGAAGUCGCGAAAGGAUCCAACACACACAAAAAAUCUACCGACACAAAUAUAUCCGCCGUGAAUCGAGAGUUCUUGUUCAUUCAGCUCAAUUCUAGACGCAAACAGUUCAGUUCCAGGAGCGUUUUUCUACCCAGCCACACAAAUAAGCAGUGAAAGUGUCAAUACAUUUCGAGUGCUUAUUGCCAAAUCAAAGAAAAAACAACUGAAAAAAAUCACCAACGCAAGCAAAUAGUAUUCCAAGUGUUUACACUUUGCAUAAAUUUUUGUUCUUCUUAAAUAAUCACAAAAAACAAACAAAACACAAAACAAAAUGAUGGCCGUUGCAGCAGCCCAAAAGAAUCGCGAGAUGUUCGCCAUCAAGAAAUCAUACAGUAUUGAGAAUGGAUAUCCAUCGCGCCGCCGCAGCCUGGUGGACGAUGCCCGCUUCGAGACUCUGGUGGUCAAGCAGACCAAACAGACCGUCCUGGAGGAGGCGCGCAACAAGGCAAAUGACGCUUCUCUGGAGGAGUGCAUUCAGCAAGCCCAGGAGCACAUCCCAGCUGAGCAGAAUGUGGAGCUGCAGGAUGACCAGCCGCACCUCGAGAACCUCGAGUUGCCCAUGGAGAAUGAAUACGUUCCAGUUGAAGAUUUUGAGAUUGAGAGCGCUGAGACGCAGCAGUCGCAGGAGCCAGCGGGCCAGGCGCCCAAGAACGAUUACGGUCUUACCGAGGAAGAGAUUUUAUUGGCCAAUUCCGCUUCAGAGUCGCCGGAGGCUGAGGCAGCCAUGCAGAGCGCCGCCUUGGUGGUGCGCCUCAAGGAGGGCAUCUCGUCGCUGGGCCGCAUCCUGAAGGCCAUCGAGACCUUCCACGGCACCGUGCAGCAUGUGGAGUCGCGUCAGUCGCGCGUCGAGGGCGUCGAUCAUGAUGUGCUCAUCAAGCUGGACAUGACACGCGGCAAUCUGCUGCAGUUGAUCCGCUCGCUGCGUCAGUCGGGCUCCUUCAGCAGCAUGAAUCUGCUGGCCGAGAACAACAUUAGCGUGAAGGCGCCUUGGUUCCCCAAGCAUGCCUCCGAGCUGGAUGACUGCAACCAUCUGAUGACCAAGUAUGAGCCAGAUCUCGACAUGAACCACCCCGGAUUCGCCGACAAGGUGUAUCGUCAGCGUCGCAAGGAGAUUGCCGAGAUUGCUUUCGCCUACAAGUACGGAGAUCCGAUCCCAUACAUCGCCUACACCGAUGUGGAGGUCAAGACCUGGCGCUCGGUCUUCAAGACUGUGCAGGAUUUGGCCCCGAAGCAUGCCUGUGCCGAGUACCGUGCCGCCUUCCAAAUGCUCCAGGACGAGCAGAUCUUUGUCGACCAUCGUCUGCCCCAGCUGCAGGAGAUGUCUGACUUCCUGCGCAAGAACACGGGCUUCUCGCUGCGCCCCGCUGCCGGUCUGCUGACCGCUCGCGACUUCCUCGCCUCCCUGGCCUUCCGCAUCUUCCAGAGCACCCAGUAUGUGCGCCACGUCAACUCGCCCUACCACACCCCCGAGCCUGACUCCAUCCAUGAGCUGUUGGGACACAUGCCGCUGCUGGCCGAUCCCAGCUUUGCCCAGUUCUCGCAGGAGAUUGGUUUGGCCUCACUGGGUGCCUCCGAUGAGGAAAUCGAGAAGCUGUCCACUGUCUACUGGUUCACUGUUGAGUUUGGUCUCUGCAAGGAACACGGUCAGAUCAAGGCUUAUGGCGCUGGUCUCUUGAGCUCCUACGGCGAGCUGUUGCACGCCAUCAGCGACAAGUGUGAGCAUCGCGCUUUUGAGCCAGCCUCCACGGCUGUGCAGCCCUAUCAGGAUCAGGAGUAUCAGCCCAUCUACUAUGUGGCCGAGAGCUUCGAGGAUGCCAAGGACAAGUUCCGUCGCUGGGUCAGCAGCAUGUCUCGUCCCUUCGAGGUGCGCUUCAACCCACACACCGAGCGCGUUGAGGUGCUGGACUCUGUGGACAAACUGGAGACUUUGGUUCACCAGAUGAACACGGAGAUUUUGCACCUGACCAAUGCCAUUCACAAGCUGAAGCGUCCCUUCUAGAGUGAAG